AUGGGCCACAUUAUGAACAUUUAUUAUUGUUAUUCCUGUGGAUACAGAAAAGUGUUUGAAGAUUAUGCAGGUAUUAUACAUCAAAAAUAUCCUGAAAUUUCUGUAAUUGGAGCAAACUAUGAUCCUCCUGGGCUGAAUAUGUACCUGUCUAGGUUGAUUGGUUUUGGGAAGAUGAUAUUAAUCAUAUUAUUCGACAUCAUCAUUACUCUUGCAAAGGACAUUGAGAGAAUU